CCCGCCCCUGAGUCUGGAGCAGCAAGCGGCGGAGCUUCACUGGCUCUCCUCGCCUCCUCUCAGUGCGGGAAUACAGCAGUGGAGAGCGGCAUGGACACGGAAGGGAGCCCGAGCAGCCUGUCGUCCGUCACGGACAACUCCCCCCACGACCCCUGCAAAAUGUUCAUCGGGGGUCUGAGUUGGCAGACGACGCAAGAGGGCUUGAAGGAUUACUUCUGCAAAUUUGGAGAGGUGAAGGAGUGUACAGUAAUGCGUGAUCCCAUCACGAAGAGGUCGAGGGGGUUUGGGUUCGUUACAUACGCAGACCAGGCCGGUGUGGAAAAGGUGCUGGCCCAAAACAGACAUGAGCUGGACUCCAAAACAAUCGACCCAAAAGUUGCUUUUCCCCGCCGGGCUCAGCCUAAGUUGGUCACACGGACAAAGAAGAUCUUUGUCGGAGGACUGUCAGUCAACACCACUAUUGAAGACGUGAAGCAAUACUUUGACCAAUUUGGAAAGGUCGACGAUGCCAUGCUUAUGUUCGACAAAACAACCAACAGACACAGAGGCUUUGGUUUUGUCACCUUUGAGAAUGAAGAUGUUGUUGAGAAAGUGUGUGAGAUUCAUUUUCACGAGAUCAACAAUAAAAUGGUGGAGUGUAAGAAAGCACAGCCAAAGGAGGUGAUGACACCUACAAGUUCAGCCAGAGGUCGAUCCAGAGUGAUGCCCUAUGGGAUGGACGCCUUCAUGCUGGGCAUUGGCAUGCUUGGCUAUCCAGGCUUCCAGACCACCACCUACACCAGUCGUAGCUACUCUGGAAUUACGCCUGGUUACGCCUACCAGUUCCCAGAAUUCCAUUUAGAGAGGACCCCUCUCCUGACAUCUUCCCAUCCCCCUGAGCUGACAGCCAUUCCACUGACCGCAUAUGGACCAAUGGCAGCGGCGGCAGCAGCAGUUGUUAGAGGCGCCACCCCUUCUCGCACAGCUGGUUUUCUGAGUACCAGCAGCCCUGGACCAAUGGCUGACUUGUAUGCCGCAGCAAAUCAGGACUCAGGAGUAAGCAGCUACAUUAGCGCGGCUAGCCCCGCCCCCAGCACAGGGUUCAGUCAUGGUCUAGGGGGUCCUCUGAUUGCUACUGCGUUCACUAAUGGCUACCACUGAAAUGACUCAAUGGUCAUAGGUGAUUUGGUGGCUUUUCUUCUGCUGUUGAGCCAAUCAAAUGCUGAGUGUCCAUUGGCGGCACAACCUGAUUGGCUGGCUGCAGCUCUGCCUGGCUGUACUGUGGCUCUACCCACCGACUGAAUAUCUUUUUAAAAACCUGAACUCUUUUUGCUGUACUAAUCUCACAUGAACAUAAUAUCCCAGUGCGUCCUCAUCUGGAUCUUCAUUAAACCCCACAAAUAUCCAUUACUUUUUUCUGAAACUGGGAAAACUGCAAAACAGACUCUGGUAAAAACUUUGUCGUUUUUGACAAAGCCACAAAGGACUAUUUUUUUCUAAUUUUUACCGUAUCUCUCUGUGUUAUGUUGUAUCCUGAAAUCCCUGAAAGCUGUUUCUGAUAAAAUGCACCGGACACGAAGGGUGUUUCCUCAAAAACUCUUUUUAACAUACAAAGAACAAAUCCAACGACAAGUCAUUUUUCUAAGCAUCACUGAAACACGGGGGAAAAAAUGUAUAUUUUGAUAGACUUUAAAAAACAAACCUUUGUAAUAUUAUUAAUAUUGACAUAAUAUGAUAAUCAGUGAGGUAUUUUAUUCUGUCAUCGGUUUGAAAGCAAUGUUUUUAUGUCUUCCUGUAAGAUAUUGUACAUAGACUUUGGGAGUCAGGUGAGGGACUACUGAACCAGCUGGCAUGUAAUUGGUUGGUUUGGAGAGGGUCAACUUCUGUUUCACUGGAAGUCAUCUGUAUGAAAUGAUAUGUGGUCAUUUCUCUACUUAUUACAUAAGGGUAAACAUAAGGCUCUUGUGUAUGUUAUUGGCCAUUCCUCUCCUGCUUGACGCAGUGUGGCACUGUUGGUGACAAGACAAAUACUUCCAUGAGUUUGUCUGGCAUUCAUGUUCUUGUACGAAGUCACGUUUUUCAUGUUUUUCUUGGAAGCAGCAGCCGUUUUUUGUUAAUUACUUGCAUCUGCAUGAAAAUGACGUAUGAUUAAGAUGCUGGACUAUGUUGAUGGAGUCCAUUUCAAAUUCAAACCGAAGAAAUCAGGGCUUUAUUUGGGGGGUUGACUUGACUUGUGGAUUUUUUUUAUUUUUUUUUUAGCCAUUCACUUCUUUGAUUUUGGCGAAGCACUGUGAAAAUAAAUGAAGGACAUUCUCUUAGAAACAAGUGUUGGGGGGGGGGGUGAAUCAUAAUUUUUUGUUCUCUUAUUAAUAUUGAAGGUGCAUGUGAAUGCGUCUAAAUGUGUGCAAGCGACUUUGUACGCUUACUUCAAAAUAUAAUGUGGAUUUACUUUUCGCAAACAAUGGAGCUUUCCAGUUGCCCAUAUUUGGUACUGAUUAUGAUCUCCCCGUUCCAUUUUGUUUUACUGCUUCCCUCUCAUCUCUUUAAUUUUGUAUUCAUGGCUUUGUGCUCCUCCACAUAAUUGUUGAUUAUAUACAGUUGCUGCUCCGUGUAAUCUUGGGAAGAGGGGAAUUGGGCAGGGAACAUGAAAUGUAACAGGGUCUGGUCCUAGUCUGCUCAGAUAAAGGGUCUCGAUGGAGAUGAACGCUGGCUGGAAGGCAAAGUCAAAUGCUGAACAAAUUCAAUGUGUGCAAAAAAAUAAAAACAAGUGACCUGUUUGUUCAGCCUUGUUUUAUUUUGAGUAACACACUUGAAGAAAACUUCCUGAGCCAGCCAGAGGUUCCUCUGUCAGAUCAUCUGGGACAUGACACAAAACUACUGCUGGACACCUACACUGUAACUUUUUAACUUACAAUAAAGCAAUAAGUUAUUUUGUACCUUGCAAAUGAAAAUAGUGCUAAUAUUGGAAAAAGAAGACUGUGUGUGGACAAUUUUGCGGCAUUAAGACUUUAUUUUCAGAUUAAAAAAAUAUAUUUUUCUGUGUUGAGACUUUGCUCUCACUUGUACAUUGAUUUCAAUGACAAUUUUUCUUGCGUUCAUGUCGACAAAAGGGCCAAUGCUUUGACAUGUGUAUGUAGCGCCUUACAUAUGGUCAUAAAGAUUAGGGAUGGCCCCCACCAAGCUUUACAGCAAUUAUUUUUUUGUUUUUCAAAUCCCCCACACCCCAGAUAAUUUCAAUUUUAAAAUCUUAAUAAAUUAUUCUAAAGUAUGUGUCAGUGUGUUUUCUAAACGAAAUUGUAUCUGAGAGAUUUUCUGACAUUCUAUGAUUUGGAAGAGAGUGAGGCGUUGGCUCUGAAACAGAAUAGAAUAGAAUAGAAUAGAAUAGAAUAGAAUAGAAUAGCCCUUUAUUGUCAUUUGUACAAUGAAAUUGUAGAGCAUCUCCCUUUACAGUUCAGGAUAAGUUGAAAUUUCAAAGUGGCUUGCAAGUAUAAAAGUAUAAAAUCUAAAAAAAUAAAAUAUAAAAUGUGUAUGGGAUAGUCCUAUGUUAAGGCAGUGCAAAUUAUAGAGUGAAUCAGCAG